AUGGUUCUACGACGGAAUCUUUCGAGUCAACCAGGGGGCUUCGCCAGGGGUCCCGCUCUCACCCUAUGUAUCGAGCGUCUGGGUCACUUAAUCCAGGAGGAGCUGCGCAGGAAGCGAUGGAAACCAAUCCAACUGGUUCGGGGAGGAACUGAGCUAACCCAUCUUUUUUUUGAGGACGGCCUGGUACUCUUUGCUGAGGCAUCUUUGGAGCAAGCGGAGGUUAUCAGAUCUUGCCUGCAGAGGUUUUGUGAGGCAUCAGGGGAGAUCGUGAGUAUGGAUAAGUCUCGAGUGUUCUUCUCGAAGAACACAAAACGAGACGUCUGUAAGGAGAUUAGCGAUCAUCUCCAAAUCACGAUGACACAGGACCUGGGGAAAUACCUUGGUGUACCUGUCCUGCAUGGUCGGGUGACGAAACAUACAUAUAAAUAUAUUAUUGAUCUCAUUGACCAACGCCAUGCAGGUUGGAAAGCGGAGAACUUGUCUCUUGCAAGUCGGGUUACACUUGCUAUCUCGGUGCUGAAUGCCAUCCCGUCUUAUGUUAUGCAAACAUCGAUGCUGCCAUCGGGAAUAUGUGACUACAUGGACCGUAAGAUCAGGGCGUUCAUUUGGGGCUCUCAAGAAGGUAGGCGGCGAAUCCAUUUGAUCAACUGGAAAACGAUUUGCCUCCCAAAAGACCAAGGCGGGCUGGGGCUACGGAAUGCGCGGGAUUUGAACACCGCGUAUUUCUUGAAGCUCGCUUGGGGAAUUCUCAAGCAACCGGGGGAGCUGUGGGUUCGGGUGUUGAAGGAGAAGUAUCUCAGGGAGGGCCCAGAUGGAGUGGAGCUUCGGCGAAAGACCCGCUGUUCUCAACUUUGGCGUGGAGUGCGGCGUGUGUGGGGUAUGAUGCUGGAGGGCGUGCGGUGGAGUAUUCGGGACGAAGAGGAGACACUGUUUUGGAAUGAUAAGUGGGUGGAUGGCGAUAUGGUGUUGGAAGAUCACUUGCUGCCGUCGGCUAGGGGAUUCGACCUGCAAGCAUCGGUCGCAAGCAUGACCACCUCGAUCGGUGAGUGGAAUUCCGCUCUUCUAUCUUCUAUUCUCCCUAAUUAG